GUAUAUUAUCUAUAUUUAUGAACUUCAAUUUUUGUACAGAGUUUGUAGAACAAUGUUGCUUAUUUGUGAACUGGUCUAGACCACUGCUGGUCGAAGUCAAUAUCGUAAUAUGAAGUUCAUUGGCUGAGAUAUCCGUAACAGAAAGAUACGUUAAAUAAGUUUCGUAUUAAUUGUGGAAAUGCCGUAGUAAGUGUCAAGAAUUAUCUUGCACAAUGAUGUACGACAGUACUUGUGGUGCAGCGGCGACUGGCCAGUGUGGCCCUGCGCAGGCUGAACGAGAACCUCCAGAACCGCGGGAACCUCCACCACCACCAACUGAACGAGAUUACAGCGGCUACGAUAUCGUGAAAGCAACGCAGUACGGAGCAUUUGUGCGCGUUAAAGAACUCGUCGAAGCUGGCUGGGACGUGAACCGACCCGACGGCGAAACGGUGACCUUGCUGCACUGGGCUGCAAUCAACAACAGACGCGACAUCAUCCAGUACUUGCUGUCGAAGGGCGCGAAUGUCGAUGCAGUUGGGGGAGAGUUACAGUCGACACCGCUACACUGGGCGACGCGGCAAGGGCACCUGGACGCGACUGUGCUGCUGGUCCGCGCGGGAGCCGACCCUUCGCUGCGUGACGCCGAGGGCUGCGCGUGCCUACACCUGGCAGCACAAUUCGGUCACACUGCUGUGGUGGCGUACCUAGUGGCACGAGGUGUGACUGUGGAUGAACCUGAUGCAGGUGGCAUGACGGCGCUCAUGUGGGCAAGCUGGAAGGUUGCAGCUGUGGACCCAACACGUUUACUCCUUACUUUAGGUGCAUCAACACGACCAGCUGAUCGUGGCCAUGGUAAUACAGCCCUGCACUGGGCUAUUCUGGCACGUAACACUACGGCCAUAUCCACUCUGAUACUUUAUGGUGAUGCUAAUUUGGAUGUACCCAACCUGCGAGGAGUGACUCCAUUGCAGAUGUUACAGGCGAGUGCUGAUUCCUUAUGGGUUGGCUCUAAAGUUUCAGACAAAAUAAAGGAACGUACAAUGGAGUCAGAAAGAUUAUCAAUAUUUAGAAGAUUAACAUAUGACAAGAAAUUCAGAUGGUGGUGUGUGGUAGUAAUGCCAUUCAUGGCAUUCUACUUGACUGGCCUCAUCCUGGAGACGGACUUAAACUAUCCUCUAAAAACCUUAAUCUUGAUUGGUUUCUACUCACUUUUACAUUUUACUAGUAACUUGUUAUUUGAUGAUGAACUCAAAAACAUAUUUCCCCUGAGUAUAUAUCUCGCAACCAAGGUGUGGUUCUACAUAACGUGGGUGGUGUUUAUCCUUCCGGUGGUGGGGUGGAGCUGGUCUCUGGGGUUCGCAGUUUGCUCGGGGUUGCUGUGGGUGACAUUCCUGCGCUCGUGGCGUUCCGAUCCUGGCGUCAUUACAGCUUCCAAAGCUGACAAGUUCAGGACGAUCAUCGAGCUGUCGGAGGCGGCGGGCGGCGGGUUCGAGUCGUCGCGGUUCUGCUCGGCGUGCCUGGUGCGGCGCCCGCUGCGGUCCAAGCACUGCGCCGUGUGCAACCGCUGCGUCGCCAAGUUCGACCACCACUGUCCCUGGGUCGGCAACUGCAUCGGCGCCAACAACCACCGCCACUUCAUCGGCUUCCUGUGCAGCCUCAUCCUCAUGUGCUGCUGGAUGCUGUGGGGCGGCGCGCGCUACCUGCGCGACCAGUGCCCCGCGCCCGCCGAGCCGCUCGCCUGGGUCUCCUGCAACGGCUGGAUCUCGUGGGUGAUGCUCAAUGCCGCGUUCCACCUGUUCUGGGUGACGGUGCUGACCGGCUUCCAGAUGUACCUGGUGGUGUGCCUCGGCAUGACCACCAACGAGCAGCUGAACCGCGGCCGCUACAAGCACUUCCAGGCGCGCGGCGGCCGCUCGCCCUUCAGCCGCGGCCCGCUCGCCAACUGCUUGGAGCUGCUCGGCUGCCGGUCGCCCCGGGACCACGCCGACCUGGACCACGGCGUGUGACGUCACAGCGCAGCCAACCUACUGCUUUAUCUCAACCAGCUGAGGCUUUAUUACAGGCUAGACUACAUGCGAUCCGCGGUUACGUCAGCGUUCAACUGGACCAGGCGCCCCGCCCGGUCCUGGUGGGGAUCCCCACUACAUUUUUUUUCAAUAUCUUUUGAUCUUAAAUUAUGGAUAUACUAAUCAUUACUAUAUUUCGCGCCUCUACGUACUGUGGUUUGUGAAACGCCGGUCGACGGUCGCUUAUUUUAAAACAAAAACUUAAAGAAUAUAUAGCUAAACGAAGCAAUAAAUCUCGGGUAUCAAAUAAUUAAAAAAUUAAUGCAUUUGACUAAACGGCAGUCAAAAUAUGUUCCGACAUAUGUAGGCACACAUAUCACUCACACAUCACAACAGGGCCGGAGUCCCGGGGGACGCUGCGGCGUCGCCCCCGGACUACGCGGAACUAAAUAAUGUAACAACUGACUCUACGAACAAUAUCAGUACCGCUAAGAUAACCUAGUCACCCUUAGUAUUAGAACGAAUUCUGAAAGUAAAUGUCGACCAACGACCAUCUUCGAUUGUGAUAAAUGAGAACAAAACAUUACCAUGUAAGUUAAGUAGUGAAUAAGCAAGCCGCCCCGGCCGCGGCGCCCGCGGGCAGCUGCCUCCAGCCCCGCCACUGAACUAUCACAAGUUGAGCGAAUGGAUACAGAAGAGAGAUGAAAGAGAUUGUGUGACCGCCAGCUGCCGGGAUACUUGUCUGGCGAACCGACGGGCGCUAAAACCACUUUUUAUAUUUGAUAAUUCAAUAAACGCGACAUCCUUGUGAUGUACUUGAAGUACAUAAUAAUUACAUACCGGCUUACCCGAUGUACUAAUUACUUAAUUACUGACCAAUGUCAGUAAUUAAGAAGUUGAUUAGCGUUCGUGUCCGGAACUGAUUUUGGCGGAAACGCGAGAGGAAAGUUAUGAUAACUAUUAUUUUGUUGGUUUAGUGUUACUUCAAGUUGGAUCAUGUAACUACGGUGGCUAACCAAUAAAUGCCAAACAUCUGUGAAAGUGCCCAAGUGCAGGUAUAUUCCAUCUUCCCAUAAUCCAUUUCAGAUAUCUUAAUAAUUAAACAAAAUAAUCUAACACAGUAUAUGAAUAUUCACUUUUUCUUUUAACAUCCUCUAGGCAUUCUAUUAAUUAAUUUCUUGAAAUAUUCAUUUAUGUUUUUCUGCUCGCUCUGCAAUAAUGGACACAAAUGUUCUGAAUUAGUUGACGAUCCAUUUGUUACACUUCUGUCGAGUUCUUCCCAAACAAGUUCAAUGAGAAAGUUCAGAAGACAGAAAGUUCAAUGGGACGAUUCAAGAAAGGUCAGGUCAUGAAAAUAGACGUUGCAAAUUUUUUUAAAUAUUUUAAUUUCUUAUUUUAUUUUCUUGUUCCAAAAAUUUAGACGACCGCUUAGGAUCAUAGCAUAAUGUUAAAAUAAAACUACACUUGCAUAAAAAUAAAAGCAGCCGGAUAAACACGUGUUUCGUCAAAAUCAAAGAAUAUUUUGUUAAAACUUGAACAUGUGGUAUAAUCCUAUUGUAUUUGUGUAAACAAUCUUAAAUUGUGGCAACAAAUAUUUUCUAUAUAAUUUUUCACUACGAAGUGUCGCGAUGUUCUUUUUUUUUUGCUUUGUAUAAAAGCAGGUGUGCUUCCAAACUUGUAGACGGUAGUGUAUUAAAAACCAUACAAGACUACCGCGCUCCGCAAACAUUUCUCAAUAUUGGUUAUAAUUAUCCUUCGAGUGCUAAUAUUGCAUGUGAAUCCAAUCCUUCUGUAGUUUAUACACCCUCUGUUCAUACAACAACAUUUGUGCACUUGACGUAAUGAGUCGGCAUCGCCUCCGUCAAGCUCAGUACCGGGACAACAACCAGCCCCCUGCGACCCCCGCCCCGCACCGCCCCGAAGGAGAUCAGGUACAAUCUCGGGCGGUUGGUCUAUUAUUUAAAAAAUAACAAAGUCUAAUAUUAUUGUUAUUAAAAUUAGUUAGGUAGGUAGGUAGACACGAGAGCGCUUGACAAUUAUCCCGUAGGCUAUUAUUAUUAUUAUUUAUUACUUUUUAUUAAUGCUAUUAUUACCUGUAUGAUGUCGUACGAUUGUUUAAUAUUAAAUAUUAUGAUUACAACUGCAUUUAAGUUCAAUAAAAUUAA